AUGGUCCGAACCCUUCCUACUGCAAGAUAUUCUUCCUUUGUCACUAACGAACGUGCUCAUUUUAGCAUUCUUCGAGCUGUUUAUGGGUCUUCUAUGCUUCAUUUACCUCAUUUGCAGCAUCCGCACGAACGUUUGCUUCGUGGUAAUAUUUCUUACCCUUACGCUAGGAUUCUGUUUCCUUGCUGGCUCAUCAUGGCAAGUGGGGAAUGGGAAUGUAAGCUUAGCCAGGUCGCUAAAGAAGGUCAGUGCCUAGCGCUUAAUUGUGAACUUCAUCCUACAGUUAUAACCCACGCCUCCAAUGUGGAUUUCCCUUUCACAUUGCCAGUCGGGGACCUUAGUCAAGUAAUAAGAGGCGCAAGUGACCGCAAAACCAAGGAAGUGUAA